AUGCUCCACAAGCCGUUCAUAUUCGUCGUCGACGUUGACCAUGACGGUAUCUUAACAAAGGCCGAUAAGCGAAUCGAAGAGCUGCUAGUUGAUGAUGGGGAUGGACUCCUUGUUUCUGCUGAGCCAGGACAGACUCAUGCCAUCCUCGUAUCCUGCACGUCGGUCCGGCCAAAAGCCCGCAAUCAAGUGACUGGGAAGUGCAAGGGAGGCGGUUUGGAGUCGCUUCCAACAAAUAAGCUCCAUAUGUCCACUCCGGGAGAACGCAAUAGAAAAGAGUCUCCUGAUUCCGGAGGAGAACCUGGUACGGUAGCGCCAGGAAGGACGGGGUUGCAGGAGUCAUAUAGGCUACCGAAACGGAAAAGGACUAGUAUGACUAUCUGUACUUAUAACGCACGUACGCUUGCAUCGGAAGCGGCCAUCGAAGAUCUGAGCAAGCAAGUGAGCAAGAAGAUCAAGUACGAUGUCAACGGACUGACCAGUUGA